GCUCCGCUAGUGAAAUAGUCAAAAGAGGCAAUACAAAAACAAAAACUAUGGCAGCCAAACGCGGUGUAGAAAUGGUCAAACAAGUGGCCGAAUUUAUUUCCAAAGGAUCCAGCUUCGAUCGGGUGACACAAAUGGUGAAAAUAACGGCUGGUGGCGAAGGACGCGCUGUGGGGGAAUUCACAGUGGCAGCCGAGCAUUUGAAUCGCGUGGGAUCUUUGCACGGUGGUUUAACGGCUACUAUUCUAGAUAACGUCACUACCUAUGCCCUCAUGUCCAAGGGUUCACACCCGGGUGUUAGUUCCAGCCUCAAUGUAAGCUAUCUGGCUGCCGCAAGACCCGGCGAUGUGGUCGAAGUAGACGCCAAUACAAUACAUGCAGGUCGCAAAAUGGCGUACAUUGAGUGUGAAUUGCGAAUUAAGGCAACUGGCAAAGUCAUUGCCAAGGGUGGACAAACCAAAUUCGUGGACUUGGACACAAAAAUGAGUUAAAAGUGCUAGUCAUCGUAUUCGAAUAAAUAUAUAGACAAGAGUAAUACUAUUUU